AAGUAUAGGAGGGCAGAAUCCUAUUGGGCUCUCAGAGAUACUGUCUGCGUGUUAAGCUCAUACCCACCUCCUUGCAUCAAUCCAUUGGAGACGUCGCAGACAUCGCCACCAUGGACGGACAACGGCCGCAGCAGUACAUACCAGUUCCCCCGCCUUCGUCGGCGACACAAUCCUCUCAAUCGCACAUAAUCCCCUUACCACCACCGCCGCCGCGUUACCCUCCAACUCAAUCCCAGGGCGUCAUGCUCCCCCCUCCCCCUGGACCGCCUCCAGGGACGGCGUAUGGUGCCUCUAAACUCACCAACCCUCAGCUGCAACACCAAAAUACACUGGGCUGGCAGCAACAGAGCUGGGCAAGGCAAGCACUGUCUCAGGGAUAUCUUCCACCCCCUCCGCCUCCUCCCAUGGUACCUGCGAAUCAAUCCCCGUAUGGGCGCCCUGCGGCUCUCUCAAUACCCUCGGCUGAAACGCGGCCGUCUGCGACUUAUGUUCCUCAAGCUGGCACCUUUGGACCGGGUGUGGGGAUACCGCCAUUCGAUGUACAUUCCACUCCCACGUACGAAAGCCUGGGAACAAUGCAGUCCAGCGACAGACAGCGAAUGCCUUCCACUCAAGCCUAUGAAUAUGCCGGCACGGACUCUUCUACAUAUAAGCGAGACUCUAAUCAUCCCCCUACGCCUUCAACUCGCAAUCUCCCUUCCUCGUUAGCCGUCAACGAUGGUACCCAUGACAUGGGGCCCACCGGCUUUUCCGCCGUGACCGCGCAGAAUCCGGUCCAACAAAUGCCAACCCAAUCUGCGGAACUCACAAAGUCAGCCAGUCAUCGUCAUAAUAACAGCACACUGCUCGGCGGCAUGCUACCGAAUGAGGCCGCAAUUCAGUGGCCCCUCGAUCGUGUACUGCUCUGGCUUGGGAACAACGGGUUUUCCAAAGACUGGCAAGAGACCUUCAGGGCCUUGGAGAUCGAGGGGGCGGAUUUUCUCGAGCUGGGACAUGGGUCGAAUGGUCGACCCAAUCUGGGCAAGAUGCACAACGUUGUCUAUCCCCAGCUUGCUAAAGAAUGCGAAUCAAGUGGCACGGGGUGGGAUCAGGCCCGUGAGCGAGAAGAGGGAAAACGCAUGCGCCGGCUAAUCAAGCAGAUCCAUGAUGACGGCAGCUACGAUGCCGAGAUCUCCAUCCAGAAGCGACGCGACUCCCACCCCAACAGCGCCCCCGAUCCUGGAUCCGAGGCUUCACCGAAACCGACUUAUGAGCCCCGAUCCGCUGGCCCUGGCUCAGGAAACGUUGCAAACAGCCCUAACCUCAAGGCGCCUCAGCCUGCUUAUGGCCAAAGACAGAGCGUGCAGAUGCGUUCCUUCACCACGCCCAUACCUACAACUCAAGAUUAUCCGUCUUCCGAGCUCGCUACAGGCGAUGCGAAUACGAUGUGGGCACGAUCCGAAUAUUCGCGAGCUGUGUUAUCUAGUAUUGGCGACCACCACAGGCAAAGCCCUUCGAUAUCCAGUGAUGGCGGGACUUUUCAGAUUCCCAUCCGACCGUACGAAGACAGCCCGAAGAGCGGGAGCCCAGCUAUGCAACAUGCUACCCUCGCACAGACUGGACCUUCGUCAUCUACAGGAGAUCUGGGCGUCAAAUCCGAACAUUCGCGCGGCAACAGUUCUGAUUCAACAACGGGGCGGCGGUACUAUGAGUCAAUCAGGCAAGAGAACGGGGUUCGCCCUUCGCCGCAGGAAUUUAACCGCCAUUCCGGGGGAGAAACUCCGUCCUCAUACCCAAAGGACCACCGCAAUGGGCUUCUGGGAUUUUUCAAAAAACGAUCCAAGAAUGGCGAUUCCAACCACCCGUCUCCGGAGGAGCAGUUCCUGGAAUCUCCCACAAGCCCGGUGAACAUGCGUCAGAACCCUCAUUUGCCUUACUCUAAGCCCAACUUCAGUGCCAGUGAUAUGUCAUUGGGCGAGCGUCCGUCAUCUUCGUCAAUGUCGGACCACGAACGGCUGGCGUUGCGGGGCAAGCCAAUGCAGAAGAGCAAGAAGUGGACAUUCGUGACUCUGGACGGAUGGAACUAUCGCUUGGUUGACAUAACGGAGAUGGACUCCGUGGAGACACUGCGAUCUGCCAUAUGCCAAAGCCUUGGGAUUGCCGAUUGGACUGGCGCGCAAAUCUUUUUGACGGAGCCUGGUCAGACCGAAUACGACGAGCCUUUGAGUGACACCAGCCUGGCACUUUGUCGGAGAACAAAGUCAGACACAACUGGCUCACUGAAACUUUUCGUCCGGGGCUCGCACAUGCAACUAGGUGCAAACAGCUCUGCCCACUUUGGUCUGGGGGUUUCGUUUCCAGACAAAAGCACGGCCUCCCCGACAUCUGCGCAUCAUCUUCACAGGAAGCCGCUGGACGAUGACGCACUCCACAGGAUCGCACCUCACAAUCCAGCCAAGCCCACGUCUCCUCAGGUUUCUUCACGACAACAACUCAAGGCGCCUACUGCUAAGCUAACCCCACAACCAACAAUCACCGCGUCUCCCAUUGAUGGUGUGCCGGAAGUAGGGCUACCUACUGACGCGGAAAAGGCAGACUUGUUGGCUCGUCACGAGGAACAUAUGCGUGAGGUAGAGCGUAAGCAAAGGGCCUACCGCAUCUCAAAGGUCCCUCCCAUGCCACAGCCAAGAAAGGACGCGUACGGCGAAACUGGCUACCGGCGUGAGGGCGUCAUUGAUUUCGAUGUGCCCCGUACUUCUCCUUACGAAGACAAGAAAUCGGAAACGCUUGUGCCACUUCGGAAACCUCCCACAGCACCUCAUGAGUCCAGCACGCUCACCAAAGUUAAUUCCCUGCGAAAGAAAGACGUCGACCGUCCCCGCAUCCAAACUACAGCCCAAACCCAUGGCCUCGGGGCAGUGCUAGCUAGCGUUGGUAGAAUGACCAGCGCCAUUGGAACCCCGUCGCCAUCAGUGCCGACCCCAACAGCCACGACCAGUCAAGAGCUGAGAGGGCCGUCCCAAUCACCUGCCGAGCAGGACAACCAAACCACCCCGACGGUUCACUCCAGCCAGUCUCCAGCACAACCUUCGUCCACAACCCCUGAUGAGCCGAGACCGACUAUACAGUCUCGCAAGUCCUUCGGGCCCGAGUUUGAUUUCGAAGAGACUAAGGUCUCCUUCCAAGGUUCACCGGUGCCUCAGGAGGAGUCUGAUGACGACUCCGAUGAUGGUCUUUUUGCUAUUCCUUUGGCAAAUACCAAGACCCCAGUCAAAGAAAAUGCGCCCGUGGCCAUUUCGCCGGAAUCCCAAAGGCGAGCCGGGAAACCGUCUCUCACGUUAAAUACUGAAAAUCGGCUACGGAAAGGACUAUCCGUCAGUUUCAGGUCCCCUAGUGCUACCCGCGAAACGUUCGCCAGCUCGAGCGGGGAGUCAAGCAACAGAAAUGCAUCCUUCUCUGAUCUGAGCGCUUCACCAGAGGAAGAGAGGCCGCCUCGUCGGGAUUCCUUUGCCCAAGGCGAUCUCUGGGCGAGCAGACCCCCGGUUGAGGGCGUCAUCGACCACCUCGACGACUUCUUCCCGGAUAUCGAUCUUGACACGCCUUACCUAGACGGGCAGGGCAUGUCGCCUCCCUCAUCACCGGCCUCGAAGGUUGCGGCCGAGAGCGAUAAAAUUCACAAGGAAAAGCCCGAUGGCCUACCAUACACUACCAGCACCCCCACACAACAUCCACCUGCCCCGGCUGACAAUGCUCCCAGCGCUAGCGAGCCACCUGUGAAGCCCCAGGAUCCAGGUGUCGUCGCUCGCCGGAACGUCAGUCGCUCUGGGGGCGGACUCACCCGGAUGAAGUCUAUUCGAGAAGUUGCAAAGGGCGCCAACCAAGCCAGUAGGAAUCGGAGCGUCACGUCGUCUACUGGCAAUCAACGGUCGGGUGAUAUUUUGCGCCGUAAGAGCACCAAGAUGUUCGGCGCGAAGAUCAUGCAAAUCAGUCCGAAGCGUGGCAGUCGACUCAGCCAGCUUGAUCCUAUCCCUCAGAAUCCUGUGCCUGCAGGAAAUCUGCCCCAAAGACAGCCCACUUUCCGCAUCAUUCGUGGUCAGCUUAUCGGCAAAGGAACUUAUGGCCGAGUGUACCUGGGCAUGAACGCGGACAAUGGUGAGGUCCUGGCUGUGAAGCAAGUGGAGGUCAAUCCACGAAUUGCGGGUACCGACAAGGAUCGCAUCAAAGAGAUGGUCGCCGCUAUGGACCAAGAAAUCGACACGAUGCAACAUCUCGAGCAUUCGAACAUCGUACAGUAUCUGGGUUGUGAACGAGGAGAACUCUCCAUCUCAAUCUAUCUCGAGUAUAUCUCUGGUGGUUCCAUCGGUAGCUGUCUUCGCAAGCAUGGCAAGUUUGAGGAAAGCGUCGUGAAAUCCCUCACCCACCAGACCCUGAGUGGACUGGCAUAUCUUCACAACCAGGGAAUCCUUCAUCGUGACCUAAAGGCCGACAACAUUCUCUUGGAUCUGGACGGGACGUGCAAGAUCUCCGACUUUGGAAUCUCGAAGAAGACGGACAACAUCUACGGAAACGAUUCCACCAAUUCCAUGCAAGGGUCGGUGUUUUGGAUGGCACCGGAGGUCAUCCAAUCCCAAGGACAAGGCUACAGCGCCAAGGUCGACAUCUGGUCCCUUGGCUGCGUGGUGUUGGAGAUGUUUGCUGGUCGUCGACCAUGGAGCAAGGAAGAGGCCAUUGGGGCUAUCUUCAAGCUCGGCAGUCUGAGUCAGGCGCCUCCAAUUCCCGAUGAUGUUUCCAUGAACAUCACACCAGCAGCGCUCGCCUUUAUGUACGACUGCUUCACAGUGGAUUCGCGCGACCGCCCAACUGCCGAGACCCUCCUGACCCAUCCCUUCUGCGAACCCGACCCGAAGUAUAACUUCUUGGAUACCGAGCUUUACGCCAAGAUCCGCCACGUCCUCUAAGCCCAGCCCAAUGUUCAGUAAUAUAUUCACAAAGCGUCUCAAUUCCAGCGUUUCGACUAUGCAUUUUGUUUCCUCCCUGCAUCAUACCCAACUCAGCAGCGUUUCGUUCGGUGUGCAUAGUAUAUUUAACGAUGAUCGGUUGGUGACCUUAUUUGA